AUGGUGUAUGAAUGGGAAGUAUGGGAAGAGUUGGGAAAUAAGCAUUCAGCUGUUCCAAAGAAUGAAGAUGCUGCUCAGAGGAAAGCAGCUCUGGAAGCUGCUAUGAGAAAGAAGAUUGAAUUUGAGAAAAAAGCGUUGUCUAUUGUUGAACAGCUCCUGGAGGAGAACAUUACUGAAGAGUUCCUUCUAAAUUCUGGAAAGUGUAUUACUCCAUCUCACUAUAAAGACAUUGUUGAUGAACGAUCUAUCAUCAAACUAUGUGGUUAUCCUCUGUGUCAAAAUAAACUGGAAAAUGUGCCAAAGCAGAAGUACAAGAUUUCAACAAAAACUAACAGAGUUUAUGAUAUCACUGAAAGAAAGUGCUUUUGCAGCAACUUUUGCUAUAGAGCAUCUAAAUAUUUUGAAGCUCAAAUUUCUAAAAGUCCAGUAUGGAUGAGAGAAGAAGAAAAACCACCAGACAUAGAGCUGCUGAAGGAGGGACAGAGUGGACGGUCUGGAGAAGAGGUGAAACUGUGUGAUGAAGUAAUUAAAGCAUCUGACAUUGAAAAUCCUAGGAUACCUUCAGAGCCAUGUGAAGCUGGUUCUCGUGACACAGCCAGUGAGAGCAGCAGUGAUAAUGAGCAAGAAUUUAUUUCGUCUGUCCUACCAGGAAGUCAGUCAAGUUCAGCCAAUUUUACACAGCAAUUGCCCAGAAAAAGCAUCCUCAAAAAAAAGCAUGCUCAGAAAGUCUAUCCCAGCCCUAAAGCUGAAGAUUCAGAUGUGGUAGAAGCCACUGAACAACUCUCUCAUUGUAAAUUAGAUGCUCAGGAAGAAGUACAUGCUUGCUCUGUUCAUAAUGAAAUAACUGCACCACCUUCAAAAAAUACUACUCUGGGGAAAUCUAGUGCUUCACAAAUCUGUGAAAAUACCUGUGGAUCACAAAUAGUUUUUCUAGGUGUGAGCAAAAGAGGGGCAGAACAUCUUAGAAGAACACUAGCUAACUCAACAGAAUAUAGAAAAUAUGAACUGAGGAAUCCAGUUAAUUCCAAAGGCAGUUUACUGGAAGUGCUUAGGCACACACUUACAGAAUGGAGAACUGAGGAAACUUUAAAAUUUCUCUAUGGCUCAAACUAUACUUCUUUGUGCUCAUUAGAGUGCAUAGCACCUGCCAGCCAAGAGACUGAAGAACUUGAUGAGGAUGACUUGGAUACAGCCGAUGAUCUUAACGCUGUUGCUGUAAGAGAGUCUGAAAACAGCUUGAAUUAUUCUUUACCUUUCACAGGCCCAGGUGAAAUAGUUAAGCCUGUACCUAGUUACGAAAAGUUAAAAGAAGAAACGGAGUUCCUAGAACUCCGAGUGAAAGAGUUCUAUAAAGGGAGGUGCAUCUUGGCUGAAGAGGCAGCGACACUUGCACAGAAAGAGGAACAUCCAAGCACAGACAAAGAUGAUCAACACGAAGAUCUCACCUUCCCGCUUGUUGAUUCCAAUGCACAAAUGCAGAUUAGAAAGCGAAUCGUCCUUGAAAAACUGAGAAAAGUAUUACCUGCAGUUUUGGGCCCUCUUCAGAUCGCUCCAGGUGAUGUUUAUGCAGAGCUGAAAAACCUUGUCAAAACUUUCCGGUUAACAAACAGAAAUAUUAUUCACAAAAUACCUGAAUGGACUCUAAUCGCUAUUGUUUUGUUGUCUGUAUUGUCACAAACUACUCCACUUUUCAAGAAUACUCAAACAAGCCCAAUGUACACACAGUUCCUGACCACGUUGCUGGAAGAACUGCAUUUCAAAAAUGAAGAUUUGGAAAGUUUAACAAGAAUAUUUAGAAUGGACUGAUGACUUGAAUGAAUAACAUGAUCAUCUUAACAUCUCCUACCACCUGAAAUAGUUGCACAGAGAAUAAAAGAAUACCUUCAAUUGUUGGAACUUUUUUAAAAUGAAAAAUAUAGUUUAGUAUGAAUUGUA